CCCCGCCCACCGGUUGCCACGUCCGUGCGGCGCGUGCGGCGGGGCCGGCGCGCGCGGGUCUGUUGGCAGCCAUGAUGCCCGUGGCCACCGUGAUGCCCGAUGACACGCCCAUGUUCGACCCCAGGAUGCUGCAGGAGCUGGACUGGAGUGAGAACACCACCACCUUCUCUCCUGCCAUUUCUCCUCUGGAUCCAGGGGAUGGGCUGGUGCUGAGGCCACUUUGCACAGCUGAUGUAAAUCGAGGCUUUUUUAAGGUUCUGGGUCAGCUGACAGAAACAGGAGUGGUGAGCCCGGAGCAGUUCAUCAAAACCUUCGAGCACAUGAAGAGGUCUGGGGAUUACUACGUGACCGUGGUGGAGGACACCAACCUGGGCCAGAUCGUUGCCACAGCAACGCUGGUUAUAGAGCAUAAAUUCACCCACUCCUGUGCCAAGAGAGGCAGGAUAGAGGAUGUGGUGGUCAGCGGGGAGUGCAGAGGGAAGCAGCUUGGAAAACUAUUAACGUCCACCCUCACCUUGCUAAGUAAGAGACUGAACUGUUACAAAAUCACUCUGGAGUGUCUGCCCAAAAAUGUGGAUUUCUACAAGAAGUUUGGCUACUUGGUAUCUGAUGAGAACUACAUGUUUCAACGGUUCUUUAAUUAACAGUUUCUAGGUGUUCUGGGUUCUUGUUUUUCUUGGAAAGACUGUUGGUGGAGGAGCUUGUGCUGCAAACAUUCUCUCCGUGGAAAAUUUCUAUAGUUUAUUGCUGCAGAUAUAACAAUCCCUAUAAAUAAUGAACAUCAAAUGUGUAAAUCUUGGGGAAAAAAAAAAAAUACUGAGGUUUUAGAAAGAGUCCUUUGGGUUAGAAAAUAAGUUUAGAACUAAUUUUUACUACUGUUGAGUCGAGGUGAAGCUUUUCUGUUCUAGCUGAGUUACAAAGGACUCCUUAAAGGGAUGGUUUUUAACCAAAGGUCUAUAUUUUUAUCUCAAAUUUUUUCUUGCAUUGUAUUUUUCUAAAGGUUUGUGCUUCUUUUCUCAGUAGCCCAAGGACAGCCCUGGGACUGUCCUGGCUGUGCUGAUGGAAGGAUGAUGUAGCUGGGGAAGGGAUGAGGCUUCUCUUAUGUAGAAUCAGUGACACAGAACAGGCCUUGGUUCUGGAUUUUUCCAUGACACCUCAUGGAAGUGCUGGUGAAGUUUUUUCUAGGCUCUGUUUUCCAAGAUUGGAUUUGUUACUGUUGGUGCAGGUUGGGGAGAAUCCUUCCAGGCUGUGCUGAACAUGGAUGUGUGCUUGUCACUGCAGGGCUCCUGCACUUUAGCUGAUAACUUGGUUUUCAGGAUAAUUACUUUGUUUUUUUCUGACAUAAAAACCCCAAAUGUGGUUUGCAACAGGGCAGAGGUAACUGGGAAACUGGAAUGUGUGAAGGAGUAUAUCCCAUAGGGAGUGGGGUUCUGGCUAUAAAUCACUG